AAUGCGGGUUCGCAAACCUGCGGAAAGGGCGGGCGGGAGAGUGAGUUCUAAAGCCAAAAAGUCCCCGGUAAAUUCCAGCGCUUUCACAUAAGUGACAGGCAGGUUUAUCCUCUGAAAAGGAGGGUAUCAGUAAAAACUUCUUCGGGGUGUUAGUCGCAGAAACAAGUUAUCAGUCUAGCCAAAGGCCACUUAAUAAGUAACACGUAAAUGUUGGCUCUCAUUGUAUUUGGAAGGCACUUUGUCUUUUAGUUUAGUAUUUAAUUUAAUCCUUACAAAUGCCCUAUUUAUAACCAUAUCAUUUUCAAAAAAGAAAACAGUUUCAAGGGUUACAAACGGUGAGGCAGCUAGGAUGUAAAUACAGAUAUUGCUUCCCAAAUUCAGGCUAUUCCUAAUAUCCCACCUGCCUAAAACCCAGCAUUGCAGCCUUCACAGCUCUUAGCAGAGUUACUUGUUCCCAGAUCUCCAAGACUAUGAUGGUGACGUGAAUGUGGACAUCACUGCUUUCUGUCCAGGCUCUCUGUUUUCAGUUGGCACAGCCUGAUACUCUAGUACAGUGCUUGUCUGAUAGAUAGGUAAGAGGACCACAUGUGGAAUUUUAAAUUUUCUCCCAGUGACAUUAAAAAAGUAAAAAGAAAUAAGUGAAAUUAAUUUUAAGAAUCCAUGUUUAACCCAAAAUAUCCAGAAUAUUAUUUCAACGUGUUACACAAGUCACAUUUCAAGUGCUUUAGUCAUGUGUGGCAAGUGGCUACAGACAUGGAUAGUACAGUACUUCUGAACUCUAAGAGUCAGGUUUAAGGCCCCACAUCAGUGGUUCUCAGCCAGGGUGGGCAAUUUUGCUCCCCAAGGGCCUUUUGGGACUGUCUGGAGACGUUUUUGGUUGUUACAACUAGAAAGGGAGGUGCUACUGGCAUCUAGUGGAAAGAGGGCAGAGAUGUUACUAAACAUUCCACAGUGCCCAAGAUAGCUCCCCACACCACAGAAGUACCCAGCCCAAAAUGUCGGUGGUACUAAUUUUUUAGAAACCCUACUCUAGAUGAAGGUUUCAACUAAAAUGAAUCUUUUCCCAGGUCUAUGUCUCAGCCUGUCCGGAAUAAAGCAGCUCUUGUGGGGCAGGAAGGAUGGAGCCCCAUGGACAGGAGUCCCACCUGGAAGAACAGCCUCUCUGGUUAGAGACCACUCAGCACAGCUGCAGAGCAGGGGCAAAAGAGCCCAGAAAGGAACAGGUCCUGAGUUGCUCCACCAGAAGCCAUUCUUUAUCCCUGUGCCCUGGGUGAACCAGUUGGUGUUAUUGCCACAUUCAGAAGUCAUCACAGUCCAUGUGACAGUGGAUUUCAUGGACCAAGAGGCAGAAGCUUAUCGAUCACAGUUCUCUACACUCUUCCAUGAGGAGCAGAAAAUGGACAUAUCUCUGCAUUUCCUGUGUUACAUCUGCAAGGAAUAUGUAGAAGAUCUGGCCAAAAUCCCCAAGAGUUUUUUACAAGAAGCAAAUGUCACCCUUAUAGUGAUUGGACAGUCGUCCUACCAUCAUAUUGAGCCUUUCUGCAAAUUGACUGGGUAUUCUCAUGAAAUCUAUGUUGACCCUGAGAGAGAAAUUUAUAAAAGAUUGGGAAUGAAAAGAGGUGAAGAAAUUGCCUCCUCAGGACAGAGCCCCCAUGUAAAGUCAAAUACACUCUCAGGAAGCAUUCGGAGCCUGUGGCGGGCAGUGACUGGCCCUCUGUUUGAUUUUCAAGGAGACCCAGCUCAGCAGGUUGGAACUCUCAUCUUAGGUCCAGGUAAUAACGUUCACUUCGUACACCGCGACAGGAACAGAUUGGAUCACAAACCCAUCAACUCCGUCCUGCAGCUUGUUGGAGUUCAGCAUGUGAACUUUACCAGCAGACCUUCAGUCAUCCAUGUGUGACUCGGCACAGAAUUGCUGCCUUUCAGUUGGAUCCUGGAGAAGAGGACCUUAAAUAUUUGGGAUAUGGUAUCCUAGUCUCACUUGCUGACCCUUCCAGUCUCCCAGGAGUUAUAAAAACAUACGGAGAUAAUGUGACAAUUGAAUUGCAUGUUGAGAGGCUGUGUUCCGGUUUGCUAAAGCUGUGGGAAUGCAAAAUACCAGAAAUGGAUUGGCUUUAUCAAUGGGGGUUUAUCGGUUCACAAAUUUACAGUUCUGAGGCCAUGAAAAUGUCCCAAUUAAGGCAUCAAUAGGACGAUAUCUUUUCAGAAAAAAGGCUGCUGGCCUCUGGGGUUCCUCUGCCACAUGGGAAGGCACAGGCUGUAAAGCUAUAUAAAGCUAUAAAAUUCAAAACACCAUUCUUAACAUUGGUUUACAUUACGAUAUAUCCAUUCAAUAGAAAAGUUAUUUUUUUGCUGUUAAAUUCAUAAAUUUCUAUAAAGACUUUUAAGGGCAAGGGAAAGUGAUAUUAAAGACCAUUUUAUUCAGUGAAAAAGCAGGAUAUCAAAUUGUAAAAACAAUAUAAUCCCAUUUUAUAUGUAUAUGUUUAUAUUUUUUAUGCUUAGGGAAAAAAACAGGAAAUAAACAUACCAGAAUAUUGCCAGUAAGGUGUCUCUACAUGGUAGCAUUAUGAGGUUUUUAUUUUCUUCUCCAUACAUUUCUGUAUUUUCCAGUUGCUCUAUAAUAAGCAUAACUAAUUUUUUAGGCCAGGAAAAGAUUGUUAAAAUUAUAUGAAGAACAUAUUCCUAUAUAACAAGCUCCUCAAAGUUGCAAAUUAAAUAGGCCACUGUCCACAUGUUUUCAUCCUGAUUGCUUUUUGAGGAAAAAAUGUGGCAAAUGGAAUACCUUUCAACUAGCCCGUGUUGAAAGCAUCUCUCUUGUCACCACCCACCCACUAUCGAUUUCACUAGAAUUUUUUUUUUUUUUUUUUUUUUUUGGUGAAAGGGAAAAAAUAUUUGCUUUAGGUAUUUAAGAUAUAUAUUUAAAAUAUGAUCGGUGUACUUUUUGAAAGGAAAUUUAAAAAUGUGUUUAAACUAGAAAACCUUUUUAACUUGAAUGUACACUGUGGUUUGGAAGUACCUUGCUAGACAGCUGCUAUGUCACCUCCAAAUUGUGUUUUUUUAGAGGAUUAUUGUCAUCAUUUAUCUUUCUAGAAUCUUAAUAUGUUUUAAUGUUGGAUGUGUCCCAGCAAUUCUGAUGAAAAGUACAGCAAAAUGAAAAUAUCGGUAAUUGUUAACACUUAUGGCACUGCUUUGAACUUAUACUUUUAUAUACAGCCUAUGCAGUCAUACAGAAAAUAUAUAUGUGAUGUCUCCAAAUAUAUGAAUGUUGUUUUCACAUAUAUGUACACGGACAAUUAUGCUUUUAAUCAAUAAAAGUGUAAUUUCUCAUAAAAUUUA